CCAAGAUGGCUGCCGAACGUCAAUAGCGGUACCAUGGAAACUGGACCUGUAGCUUUUUUAUGGGCGUGGUCAGCUGCAGCAGCCUAUAUAAAGAAGCCGCAGGAGGCACAGGGAGUGUGAGAGUGAAUAGUCGCUGAAGGCGAGGCUGCAGUAAUCUGGUAAUAAACUGUGUGCUAGGUGACUGGGCGGAGUGCUUGCUGAGCUGAACACGUCAUGUAUAGGGUGCAAUAUGGCAAGCCCAUGGGUAGAGCAAUGCAAAGGCUAAGAGGGCAAGAGGCACAUCUGACGCUCAUGCUGAACUCCCCCCUCAAGGCUGGCCAAGCAUCAUAAGGGUUGUAGUUAUAGAACUUCCUGUGGGCUCGUGCUUACCUUGUGGCCACUCUGGGUGAGGUGUGGGAUGUCUUACAGGGGGCUCUGACUCUCUGGGGGGGCUUUCUCUGGGGUACAGUGAAGGGGUAUCGGAUUUUGGUGGUUGUACAGUAAAUGUGGGGACUCUUACAGCUGCUGCAGACUAGGUUUACCAUAAUGCUCAGCCAGGUUGCUGGCUGAGUGUGAUUGGAAAUGUAUUCCACAAAGGCAGGAGAGAAUCACUGGUUUAGGUCAGUUAGCAGGGAUUGCCUAAGGAUUGAGCGUCAGCUUUUGCUGUAUGACUUCAAUUGCUAUGGUACAAUGCAUCAUGGUUCUAUGCUUUGGCUGUAUAAGGUUCUAUGACUACUUAUAAAUGAGUAUGGUAAACAGGGAUAGUAAGUAAGCUUUUAAAAUAAAACCAAUGGAUAACUAACCUUAAAUACCUUGAGUUACCUUCGUUGACUGAGCUUUGAGUGAAACCGUCCAGACGAGGUAACCAAUCAAUAUUGAAUCAUCCCUAAUCUAAAACUUGAAAUAAAUGGGGGAUCUGGGAUGAUGGUAUGCAAGGACAUAAGACAUUAAUUAGCAGAUGGACAAGUAGAGUUUGGGUGAAUCCAUAAUAUCUCAUGUAAAAGAGGACAUUUGUUUCAAUAUUCUGUUCGUAUAGGUUCCAUUAAUAUUCUGUUUUCAUUGUCCUUGGUUUUUGAAGGAUUGCUGUUCUGAUAUUUCCUGUGAUAAUGGAUGUUGCUACCCUUCGCCGUUCCCUGUCUGAGGCUGGCCAGGACCAUGUUUUGCAGUUCUGGGAUGAUCUAUCUUUGGAACAACAAACCAUCCUUCUGGAGGAUCUUCAGAGUUUGGAUGUUAGAGAGCUAAAUAACUUCUUUCACAAGGCUAUGGAUGGGUUCUCUGUCUCACCCAAUCAAGAGAAAGUAGAUGCCAGAAUGGAAGCUGUGCCCAGAGAUGUUCUUGGGAGUGUUACAAGAGAUAGAGAGCAUCUUCGGGACUGGGAGGCUCAAGGUACUUUUAUACAUGAGCUUUAGCCUAUUGUGUAGUGAUCAUACUAUAAAUUGGGAAUCUGCUUCUGUUUUGAAAUUAAAAAGAAAAGCUUAUGUUCACAUAAUUUCCUGACCCUUUUUAAAUGUACUUAAAGGGACACUAUAGUGCCCAGAACAACUAUAACUUAUUGAAUUUGUUCUGGUGAGUAGAAUCAUUACUUUCAGGUUUUUUUCUGUAAACACUGUCUUUUCAGAGAAAAAGCUAUGUUUACAUUACAGCCUAGUGAUCACUUCACUGGCCACUCCUCAGAUGGCUGUUAGAGAUCCUUCCUGGGUCAUGGCUGCCUAAAAUGCAUCCAAACAUUCAGUGUCUCCUCCCUCUGCAUGCAGACACUGAACUUUCCUCAUUGAUUCAAUUCAUCUCAUCUCUAUGAGGAGAUGCUGAUUGGCCAGGCCUGUGUUUGGCUCUGCCCCUGAUCUGCCUCCUUUUCAGUCUCCGUCAAUCCUAUGGGGAAGCAUUGUGAUUGGAUCAGGCUACCACUUCUGAUGUCAGCAGACUGCUUGUUUUUCUGAGUCAAACAGCAUGCAGAGUUACAGCUUCAGGCCUGAAUACAGUAAGAUUUUGCUAUAUUUAUGGAGGUAUGAGGGGCCCAGGGGGGCUAGAUUGUGGUUUUAACACUAUAGGGUCAGGAAUACAUGUUUGUGUUCCUGACCUUAUAGUGAUCCUUUAAUGUGUUUUUUUUUUUUUUUUUAAGUUUCUGAAAAAAAAUAUAAAUAUAGAAGAAAAAAAAAUUCCUUUUUUAUUUUAAUCUGCUAUCUUUGCAUAUAUGUUUCCAGUUAACUACAAGUCAGUAUUUGGUGAAUAAAUAUCAAUGAGUUGUAGUGGAAGCCUCGGAUAAGCUGAUACACAACAUCCUUUACUGUAGUAGCACAGUACAAACACUGAGCAAAAUAUAAUAAAUGCAAAGUCUUUACACAUUAGUACACUGCCAGAUAUGAUUUUUUUCUUUGCCAUAGAUUGACACACGGCUCAAAACAGAAGAGCAACUUGGAGCUCUUUGGCCAGCUCUGCAUCAUUGCUGGUGUGCUCUUGUGGAAUCAUAGGAAACGUUGCAUAAUUAAUCUGUAUAGAUACUAUAGGACCAGGCAAACAAAGCUGUAUUCCUGUCACUAUCACUCCACCUCCCCCCGGUACCUGACCUGAGGGACAUAGGCUCUUGGUGAAAGCUCCCCUGUCCCGCAACGAGCGGGCUCUAAUGUGCAUGCGUUGAAUCAAUGCUUUCCUAUAGGGAAAAAUCUGACCUGCAGAGCGCGAGGACGUCCAGCGUCGGAUACCGGACCAAAGGUCUGUUUCAAACCAGGAAGCCCUCUAGUGGCUGUCUGAUAGACAUGUACUAGAGGCUGAUUUUAGAGCUACAAUGUAAACAUUGCACUUUCUCUGGAACAGCAAUGUUUAAUAUUGCAGCUCUAAGGGCAAUAGGGACACUGUACCCAAACCACUUCAAUGAGCUGAAGUGGUCAGGGUGCCUACAGUGUCCCUUUAGUAGCCUUUAUUGGGAUAAAUAACAAAGCAACUGUCAAAGUGACAGCUACCUCUAUUAAAAGGACCAUUUUCUCAAUGACUAAAGGAUUACUGGUUUGUAGGAGUGAACUGUCCGCUAUAUAAUACACAUUGGAACACUUCUCAUGGAGACGUUAAUUUGCUCAUAGUAUAACUUGUCCCUGUAGCAUAUUAGAAAUGGAGGGGUUUAUUUACCUUUCCAUGUAUUGUAUAACAUCUAGUUUCAGUAAACUGCAAGAAAAUAUAUAUACAGCUCUAUAACAGGAAUUUCUGGUUUGCUGACAGACUAAGGUGUAUGGCUGUCGUAACUCUCCUAUUGUUUACUUACACCAAGGGCAGUUCAUGAUGUAUGGUAGUUAUGCCACUAUUGCAAUUGCACUCUCUAUAUUUACAUAAAAAGCACAUUCCAAGAGAGACUUGCAUGCAUAUAAAGAACAAAGCUUGUAAUUGUGGGGUUCUAAUGGCCAAAUUGAUAAAAUUUGUGUAACUCAAUCUGUGUUAAUGUAAAGUUUUUGUGACUACAUCUCUUCAUCUUUUAACAUAUAGGUGUUAAAUCCUUGUAUGUGGCAUAUUAUCUGUCAGGCAAAAAUAAAAACAAAUUAGACCUAAAAUUGUACUUUAAAGUUGUUUCCGGAUUGUGUAACAAUUGGUCACAUUAAAAAUAGUACUGUCAACAUGUGUGUUUGUUUGUUUGUUUUUUUUGUUUGUUUUCCUUAUCGUGAACAGCACACAAUUAGUGCAGAACGUUUUUGAACUCGUAAUAUGCACCAAGGGCACAAUUUAACCCUCUGCUUUUAAUGCACCAACUGGAUUGUAGAACAUCAUGACUGCAGCCCAGUUAUGUUUAAAUGACACAAAUUGUCACAUUAGUAAUAUGCAACCUUGCCAUACAUCCAUUUAAUGUGUUUGGUUUUUCUAUGGAACAUUUUCUCAUUUGCACUUUUACUUUUCCUCUUUUUUUUUCUUGUCCAGGCUUUAAGCAGAUCUCGAAUGGUAAAGUGGCCGUUUUGUUGCUCGCUGGAGGACAAGGGACUCGUUUGGGGGUAUCAUACCCAAAAGGAAUGUAUGAUGUGGGUCUUCCCUCUCACAAAUGCCUCUUUCAGAUCCAAGCUGAACGCAUCCUUAAAUUGCAGAAAUUGGCAAAGGAGCGAUAUGGACUGCAAUGCACAAUUCCUUGGUGAGCAGAGUUCCCCUUGAUUUCUCUCAUCCAAGGCUCAUAAUUUUCUCUCACCCACUACCCAUUGGCAAGUGUAAAUUCAGUCCUGACAACUAUGCAAUUGGAACAUGGGUGCCCAAUUUUUUUUUAUUUUUUUUUUCUCUUUUAACUUGUUUAUGCAUUACACCAGGGGAAUAUAUUGUUCAGCACUCCAUAUAUUGUGGAGCACAUCUACCCUGAUUUACCAGCAUUAUGGGAGGUGAAGUCUACAGCAUCUGGAGUGCUGAAGGUUACCUGCACUAUAGGUUUUUUUUUGUUUGUUUUUUAUAGUAAAGCUAAAUUAGUAUUUUUUUUCAUGAUAGGUACAUCAUGACUAGUGGACGUACCAUGGAAUCCACACGGGAAUUCUUUCAGAAACAUCAGUAUUUUGGGCUGAAGGAAGAGAAUAUAAUUCUUUUUCAGCAGGCCAUGCUGCCAGCUAUGAGCUUCGAGGGAAAGAUUCUUAUGGAGGAGAAGCACAAGCUAUCUAUGGCUCCAGGUCAACUUUUUAAAGUUAAUGCAUUGUAUGGUGAUCUAAAACUCCCAUUCUAGUUGCUUGCCAAUUGUGAACGUUACAUUUAGACAUCUGCUGGGAAGCCACUGCUUGCUUAUCACUGUCAUGUGACAUUUAUAACCAAGCUUCUCUUUUUCUGCAGAUGGUAAUGGUGGUUUGUACAGGGCAUUAGGAGCACAUGGUAUACUGAAGGAUAUGGAACAGAGAGGAGUGGAAUACAUCCACGUAUACUGUGUAGACAAUAUCUUGGUGAAAGUAGCAGACCCUGUGUUUAUUGGUUUCUGUGUGGAGAAAGAAGCCGAUUGUGGAGCAAAGGUAAGCAGUUGGGGGCAGUAGUAAUUAUUGUAAAUCUAAUGGAUGUGGGGUAUUUAUUUAAAGUAGCUCUGUGAAUUCUAACUAUUUCAUAAAAAUAAUAUAUUAACUACUCAAACUGAAUGAGGGGGUAUUUUCUUUAAGAUCGUAGAGUCCGGAUUAUCAUAUGAGCAAAUCUUUGAAUGAAAAAUGACCGUUUAAUCCAUCAAUGUGUCCUUUCCCAGGAGAGAAAUGCAUAAUUUUGCACAUUUCUCAAUGUGUUAUGUAGGCUCUUGAAGCAUUUUCUGUAGAACUCUACUUGGUAUUUUUUUUCUGGCAGUAUACCUUGCUUUAGGUUCGUCCCAAGGCUGACGCACAUAACGAGUGCAUAACACCUUGGGAGGUCUGAAAUAUUAACAUACGUGGGUACCAAGGAUGUGAAAAAUUCCAAACAUUGUCUCCUUAAACUUAAUCCAUAUUAACAACCAUAAGCAGUUUGUUAGUUUGACUUCGAAGAAACAAAGCAAACAUUUUAGGUGCACAGUGGUACUAACAAACAAAGGAAUAUCAGGAGAAUUAAAAGAACUAUAAACGUAUAGCAUAUCCACAAUUUUAACAGUCUUACAGACUUCACCACUUGGUUAGAUGUACAGAUUAACCAUACAUAUGCAAUACAGUGAACUGUUUUUUAAUGCACAUAUUCUAUCUUUGAAGCCAUACACUGUGGGUUGUUUAUCACUGCAGGAUUGGCAUGGCCAACCAUACCUUUCCAUUUUUCUUACAGGUUGUUGAAAAGAUGAACCCCACAGAGCCAGUCGGGGUGGUUUGCCGUGUAGAUGGUUUGUACCAGGUAGUGGAAUAUAGUGAAAUUUCGCUUGCCACUGCCCAGAAACGAAGUGCUGAUGGCCGACUCAUGUACAAUGCAGGCAACAUCGCCAACCACCUCUUCACUCUGCAUUUCCUACAGAAAGUGGUGGAGUAAGUAGUUUAUUUGUGUUAACAACAAACCAUGUGGGUGCUUAAGACUGUCAGGAAAAUUAAUUUAAAAGGGUCUUGGUGGGUAGGAAACCUUUGUAAUUGUUCGCUUCUUCUAUUAAAGAGAAAAUCUGUUUUGGAAUUACACUGGGCAAGGAGAUAGGUGGGGGUUUUUUUGUGUUUUUUUUUUUUUUUUUUUUGUUUGUUUUUUUUCUCUCCAUUAGGAAGUGCCUCUAGUACAUGUCUGAUGGCUACUAGUGACAUUAGCUGACACAUGUAAACUUUGCCAUAUCUUAAGGUUUUAGUGCUUUGAUUUCAACCUGACAAUUAAAAUUAAUGUCAGUUUGACUUGAAGUAUGCAAAUAUGUACUAAGAUGUCAUUGUUUCUAAAAGUAGACUUGCAUCAUGAUGGUUUACACACUGCACACCUAAACAGUGGUUAGACCUGUAUGGGCCUUUGUCAGUAACGUGAGUGGAGAUAGCACAUGAAUGACUGGCCACUAUAUAUUUCAUAGUUUUAGUGUUAAAUGCAGUACUAUAAACUGUUUCAUGGUUAUACAGUGUAAAUAAUGCAUAAGCUUAAAUGUCAUGAUAAACUAUAGCCCAACACCCAAGUUAACCGUACAAAAGUCAUUAGAAAACAGAAUGCGUACUGCCUAGUCUUAGAGUGGCCGAACUUCAUGCACAAUCGUGCCAAGGCUAAGGAGAUCGAAUAUAACAAGUUCAGGGACAAGAGAAUGGAAAAUGGUCACUAAGCAGGCAGAAGAGUUCAGAAAAGCCAAUGAAUACUACAAGGAAAAAAAUGCACUGUCGCUUAACCACUAAAUGGAAGCCAUGACCGAGCACAGUACAAGAGCUAAAAUGCACUUCUAUAGCCAUAAGUGGGCAGGGAUUGGCGCCACUGUGACGCCAUAACAUGCAUGCGCAUCGUUGUAGCAAUGAGGCGUGGACGUCCGUGUCCCAAACUGUGGAAAGGACACCAGAAGGAGGCGCUGCUGCAGAGAAGGUGGUCAGGGAAAGCACCUAUAAGAUAAUGGACCGCACAGGGACACAUUUCACAUGACCACACCAAGCGGUCUCUGUGAUAAAUUGUAUGUUAUGCUAAUAGAACAGCAGGAACAUGAGAUCAGGAAUAGGCAAAUACAGCUUUGAUUGUUAGCUUUAUUAAUCUGUACUCUUACCUUUGUAUUUAUACCUCUUACAUAUGCAUAAUCCCUUUAAAAAUACUCAUCGUUCAACCUCAGGUAUAUCACUUAUUUUAUGUGUCUUUGUUAAUUCAUGUCAAUGAGUUUUAGUUGGUUAUCCUUUUACAUUGUAUAAUUCUUUAUAUUCUAACCAAAUUUGAGUCUGUUUAUAAUUUACACAUGGUAAAAUAUUUUAUAGGGUUCAUGAACCUCAAUUACAACACCACGUGGCCCUAAAGAAAAUCCCGUUUGUGGAUACAAACGGUUGUCUGAUACAUCCAGAUAAACCUAAUGGGGUGAAGAUGGAAAAAUUUGUCUUCGAUAUCUUUCAAUUUGCCAAGUAAGUCCGUAUGGAGGACUCCUUUCCUCUUGGGUCAAACCAGAAACAAUUUUUACAUACGGUCAACGCAGUGUAUGUGUGUUUUUUUUUUGUUUUUGUUUUUUUUUUUUUCUCCUCUGUUAACGUAUAUUUACUGUGCAGUGACUCUUUCAGUAAACCAUGAGCUUUGGUGAAGUGACAUCUAAGUUGCUAAGAUGACUAAGAGUUGGUAGUACUAUUAUGCAUGUUCUGUAAAUUUGUUUUUUGUUUAUAUCCCAAUUUUUAACUGUCUCCAUUUUUACAGUAAGUUUGUAGUAUUUGAGGUGCUGCGCGAGGAAGAGUUUUCACCUCUGAAGAAUGCAGACAGCCAGAACGGUAAAGAUAAUCCAAGUACAGCCAGGCAUGCUCUCAUGUCACUGCAUCAUUGCUGGGUUCUGAAUGCUGGUGGACAUUUUGUUGAUGAGAAUGGGACCCGAAUCCCAGCUAUCCCACUGUGAGUAUCAUCCGGUCUUGUGUGUAGCAUGUUCACCAGGGGUUACAAAACUUUGGCUCUCUAGAUUUUGUAGACAACAUCUCCCAUAAUACUCUUACAGCCAUGAUGCUGGCAAAACACUAGGUAAAAUGUAGUCCACAACAUCUGCAGUGCCGAAGGUUUUCUACCCUGAUAUAGACUAAGGGGGAAUUAAAAAUAUUUAAAUAACAAGUUGUAGCAUUCUGCAAUAUUUCUGUCUUCUAUUGGUCCUUGCUUAAACGGAAUGAUCACUGUAUGUGUGGCGGUUGUUAGUUGAGGGUUUUUGUUUAUUUGUAAAAAAAAAUUUUUUUUAUACAUUUUGAAAGUAAAUAAUGACUAUCUUAACUUGCAGUCAAUGCCAAUGUGAUAUUUUCUAUAUUAUAGGCUUAGUUGGCCAAGACCAUCUUCACCUCUUUUCUCUCAAUAUUCUAGUCUGCAAAUGAAUUAAUUUUUAUAAUAGUGGUAACUCGCUAUGGAAAAUGUUGGUGCAGUAUAAAUUCUAAUAUAAUUUUAAUUCAAUAUAAUUUCCAAGACCAAACAUGUAGUUUGUGGUUUUUUUUUUUGUUUGGUUUUUUUUGGAGCUAAUGUACACUGCAUCAUUUUACAAUAAGGAUGUAUAAAACAAAAGUUACGGUGAAGAAAAAUGAGGUGAAAAUUACAGCUGAUCUAGAGAAAGUGGGGUAUAAAAAAAAAAAAAAACUGAAGUAAAGAGCUACAUUUAUAGAAUGGUGAUUGCCAGAUAUGACCUCGGCAUCUACUGGCCAUAUAUGUAAAUUUAAAAAAAACUACAUGUGUGCAUGGAAAGGUGAGGGCUUGUAACUACACAUUACAGGAGCAGACUACCUCCAUCACUUUCCAUGAUACAAUCCUGGUAAAUAGGCUUCCACCCAGUAGGAAAAUACACUGGUUCAGUUCUAAUACAUGCACCACACAGUCAAACUGACUCCCUUCCUCUUGACAGGCCAGGAUCUUUCACCCAGAUAAUGACAUCAGGAUCAGCAAUAGGUAUACACUUGAGUAUUUAACCAGGUUAUAUUGGCAUGAAGAGCUACACCCAAAGUUACGUUUUAUGGCUGAAGUUUUUUGUUUUUUAGAAUGGUGCCUCAAUAGUUUGCAACUGGCAUACAUCUCUUAAUACACAGUUUUGCAGGUACAGCUGAUCAGACUUGAGAGAUGCAGAUCAUUUUGGAAGGUACUUGCUAUUUUAUGAUCAGAAAGGCACCCUUUGGGCAGCUGUUGGAUGCCCUCAGUCCUUAGUACCCUCAACUCCAAGCUUUUCAUUCUUCCACAGAUAUAUAUCCUUUGAAAAAUAGAAAACAAAGUACAGCAAGAGGGGAAAGAACUGGCUGCGUCUACUAAUAGAAUAUUAUAUUAAUAUAAGAGUCCAAGGGGGACAGCCCAAGAUUUGGGUUAUAAAGCACUGGAUAUAGGAUACAGUAUUUUACUCACUUUUUUUUUCUACCUGCAAAUUACGCAGGAUAGCUGUUCACGAUCCUCUAGGUACUGCUCUAAAAAGGGAGUAAAAGACUAUAUCCAAGUCCAUUGCUUUAUUUCAUUGAACACCAUCCUUCCUAGGGCAGCACAAAUCCUAAAUACUCCACUGCACACACUUCUGUUACUGGAGCUGGUUUGAAGCUCCAUAUUAUGUGAGUGGGAAUUUGUCACCUAAGAAUUGUGUCCUCCCUUACAAAAAAAACCUGUGGUGUAUUAAGUGUACCCAUAGUUAAAGAAUUAAAAGCCAAAGAAAUCAAGAUCACUUGGUGCAUACCCCAAAGGAUUCUUUUCUAUUUUUAUAUAAUAUUUGUUUUAUCUUGCUCCUCUCUCUCAAAAGAAAUCACACACUUAUUUUUUGUUUAGUUAACUGUGCCAUAUCGCUUACCUAAUUAUUUUAAAGAGCUUUUCUUAAAGUAUGUAAGCUGAUGACCCAAACUCUGUGCCAUGUUUAAUUUUAAACAGCCAUGCCAAUCGAGUGAAUGGACCUACGCAGGAUCACACCCAGAACAAGUAACUAUGGGUGCAUGGUGCAGGGUCUACUACUAACAUGCAUUCUUGGUGGUGGACUGACCUUUUAAGCCACAGUAAUCCAUUUUUACUUUUUCAUUACUUUUUGUAAAGAUGUCUUAUUCUCCGUUGUGGCUGCAUUUGAAACGUACUAAAUAUUCUUGCAUGUGUUCUGCUGACUAAACAGUCUUCCCUCUAUUCUAUAGGUAUACAUAAAUCAUUGCUGUGGUAGUCUAAAUAUAAAUUCCUUUAAGUUUAAAUAUGUAUAGCAUGAAAAAUACAUUAUUUGGCAUCUGUAUAAUUACAUGAUUUGUAAGAUGGAAAAUUUAGCUCCCUUUGGAUUGACUGCUGGGUAAUUUCAGCAUAUCUUUGGAAGUCUUACAAUUUGUAGUCAUAUGCUACUAACCGUCUGUUAAAGUACUUGCCACUGAAAGCCAUAGUAUGCUCUACAGUAGUGAAUUUCAACUUGCCAGGUUAAAUUUUUCAUUAUAUAAUUUAAUUAACUGCAAAUUUACUGGGAUGGUAACUGAUGCUGGAUGCCCUCAUGUAGAGCAUCAUGCAUAAGUCCCCAUAAGAAAGCAUUGAGUCAAGAUUUUCCUAUGGGAAGGGCCUAAUGCACUCGCUACGCAUGUCAGAUGACAUCGGACGAGGCGGAGCACCCCAUGGACAUCAUCACUGGAAUUGGGUGAGUCCUUGCCCUUUAUCUGCCAUAGGGAUAUUCAGAGGGAACUAUAGUGCUAAGAAUACAACUUUGUAUUUCUUUAAAUCUAUUUUGAUCACUUGGCCACAGUAACAUUAACCAGACUAUGUGACUGGAACUCCCUGCUCAUAGCCGCUGCAGCAUAGCUACUCUUGGCUUACAGAAUGCUCCAUUAGUGCUUUUAUUGAUGGACCUAUAAAUGCUGUGAAAGAGCCAGAGAAGCAAAACUAGCAUAGCUCUUACAAAUCUUAACUGUAAUAAGAUUGCAGCGAUCUAUAACCCACAAAAGCAUAAGUUGUUCUAAUGCUUGUAGGAUCUUUCAUUAGCAGGGCAGUAAAACCUACAAAAAAUGGCUGGAUCUGUUCAGUGUGGUGUUCAAUAACCAGACUAGAAACUACAAAUCUAAUCCUUUAUAUGUGGAAUUAUAAUGCUAUAGCGUUCCUUCAACCACAUAUCUACGUGCACCUUUUGCUUGCUAUUUCAAUGAAAUUCAUUAAAAGUGCAUUUUAUUUUUCUGUAGGCUUAUUUCAACAUUUUCUUUAAACUAGAGUAAAAGCAAGUAUGUUGAUCAGAAAUCAUGAGCAUUUUAUCUGAUAUGUGUUUUCUGCUAAUUAAACAUAAUCUAGGGUGAGUCAAAAUUAGGAACCACUCAAUUAUCUGAAACUUAAUGCUCGAUAAUGACUAUAAGGAGGACAUUUAUAAAGGCAAAAUAAGGGCAAUUAUGGGGCAAAAUGCCAAAAAUGGAGCAACAGCCUUGGAAACCCAUAUGUUUCUAAGCAUUUUGUUCUUUGCACCCCAUAAUAGCACCUGUAUAGCAUUGGUAAAUCUCCCUCUCUACGUUUUGCAGUUAAUGUUUGUCAUCUUGUCAAUCAGCUGAAAAUGUAUCUGGGUAGUUCCUUACUUUCAGUUCACCAUAUAUCUAUCAGAUUGCAAUCUCUCAAUACUGCCAAUGACCACCUCCAGUGUUCCCUCUAGGUGAGGUAACGGCACUGAAAGUGAUUUAAUACUUUUUACAUAAAAAGAAACACAAAGUGAAACCACUCCAUAAGGUUUUGUUACCUGUUUAUGUGCUGAGAUCUUUAUAGGGAACACUGCUCAGACAUUUGACCAGGGACUUGAUGAUCGUGCUCUAAAUGACAUGUUCACACAUAUGUAUAUAUUAUUAUGGAUAUCUACUUAAUGUAUGUGUCUUGUUAUUUCUCCCCCAAGCAUGAAGGAUGUUGGUGACUUACCAAUUCAAUGUGAAAUUUCACCUUUGAUCUCCUACGCUGGAGAGGUAAAACAUUCAUAUGUGUCUUCUAAAAAAAUGUUAAUUCCAUUAGUCAAAAAUUUAGAAUUACUGCUUCAUAGGUCUCUGAGGUGUUUUAUAUGAUAAUAACAAUUUUACAGAUUUAUUUUAUUUCUGUCUGCAUACUCCCUCUUUAUGGCAAGUCCAUAUACAGAACUCAAAAUGUCCAAAUUAUCUGGACAUUCCAUACUAGCAUAGAGUAUUUAAAGGAACACUCUGUGCACCAAAACAACUUUAGCGCUGUGCAGAUCAUGCCCCUGCAGACUCACGGAAUUUCGAAUGUAAACUUUACUACUCCAAAAUUGCAUUUAGAUUUAUCCUUGAUCAGUAAGUGUGUUUUCAAAAACAAAUACAUUGUUUAAAUAUGUCUAUUGUCAAAUGUAUUUUAUAUCUAGUUUUUUAACCUUUUUCAUCUGUCAAAACAGGGCCUGGAGCAUUACGUGCAGAAUCGAGCGUUCCAAACACCACUUACAAUAGAUGAAAAUGGAGUCCAUCAAUUGUCCGUCAGCAGGAAUGGCAUCUGUCUAUAACAACUUGUGUACCUAAAGGACUAUAUAUUUUAAUGAUAUUGGUUGAUGAACAUUUGUAAGGUACACAGACAUUUAUUAAUCACCGGGUUCUUCCUGGCCAGCUACUGCCAAUACAAAACAAUAUUUCUUUUUCUCUUGUAUCUAUUUUAAAUGCUAUAAUGUAAGAAGAAAUUGUAUGCAUAUUUAUAACAAAUUGCAUCCUAAGGUACGUGGUAUCUAUUUUUUUAAAAUUGUACAUAGCAAACUCUUGUACAUUUAAACAUAUUUUAAUGGUACUGUACACCUUUUAAUUUUUGGUUUAUAUAAUUUUUUUAUUUUUUAAAUGUUUGAUCUUCUAUUUUUUUUUUUCUCUUUACUGAUCAUUAUGAACUGUUGUAGAUGUUAUGGAACUACAUCUCCCAUGCUGCUUUGCCAUUUUAAAGGCAUUCCAAAGGCAUGCAAAGCAUCAUGGAAGUUGUAGAUUUAAAACAUGUGAGGAUCUACCUUUUAGGCACCCCUGACCUAGAUGUUUCACAUUCCCUUCAUCAAAGAGCUUACAGAAUCACAUAAUGUCACUGGUACAUCAGAAAACCCUGCAUAUGGUACAAUAACUGCAUUGGCCUCCUUGGUUAUAUUAUUAUAACCACAACAAAUGUAUAGGAUGGGAACACAAGGAAACCAAAAUGAAAGGGGUUUGAAAACAAUGUCAGGAACUUGCUUUUGAAAAACAUUGUAUACAAACCAUAGGGAAAACAAACCCAAUGGAUUGUUUUCACCGCAAGAGAUCUUAAUCUUUUCUGUGGAAAUUGCUCCAUCUACUGAAUUAAAUAUUGAAGAUCAUAAUUCUGCUCUUUUAAAUGUACAGUGCAUUCAGAAAAUAUUAAUACUUUUUUUUUCUCCUACUGUUUAUGAUUAAAACAUUGAUCUACACUCAAUACCUUAUCAAGACAAAACAGAUUUUUGAAAACUUUGUAAAUGUAUUAAAGGGACACUAGUCACCAAAACAGUUUUAUCUUUUUUUUUUAUUUAUUUUUUUAUUUAAAAACUGCUUUAUUAAGCUAUCAGUUUUUAUGCUUAGUGUUACUUUUAAAAAGAAAACAAAGUAUUCAGACCCAUUGCGACACUUGUAAUGUUAGAUCAGAUGUAUCCCCUUUCUCAGAACGCUCCAGACCUCUGACUGGGCCAAAGGUUCACUUUGUAAAAGGACAAUGACCCUAAACAUACAGCCAAGACAAGGCUAUAGUGGGUUAGCGCAAUCCGUCAUCCCUCUCAAUGUGUUUUGAGUUCUGAAAAAUAAACAUCUAAUUAUAGUAGAGAAGUCAACUUAAAGAAAAAUCCUUGCUAGUGGCAGUUCCUCUUUAAAAGGAACAUUCCAGCAGCAUAGUAAAAGUGAAGUGGGUUAAUAAAAAAUUGUAUGUAUGUAUGUAUCUAUCUCACCAUCGAAAAAUGCACAUAAAUCCUAUAUAUCCCGGUCCCCACUGAUCUACAGAGAGCACUAGUGCGCAGCCUUCUGGAUGUACCUGUGGGAUCUCAGUGAGCAGCACAUACCCUCAAGAUGGAGACAGGGACUCAGCCUCAUGGGCUCGGACUGUUGCAGUUCGAGCGAUUCAUGCAAAACCUGGAACAGACCUUUGACAACUGGCUCCAUUAGAGGCACGCCAAGCCACGUUUCCACUUUGGCCACAGGAGAGAGGCCGGAAGGCUGAGGGCCAGGAGGUGAGUGGGCCUACCUUGGGCACUCCAUUUCUGCAAACACCAUGCACUUCAGUAGUUAACCCACCUGGGCCAAAGGCCAAUAGGGGCAAGACCCCAUGGUAUCUGCCACAUGAACUGAGGACCACCUGCAACAAGCGGCAUAAUACCAUCUGGCCUGUUUUUCUCACCCCUGGGGGGGGAAGCACUUGGACUCUGGAAGCCCAAAGUCUGUGUGGCUUAUCCAUAAGCCUGAGGCUGGAGGGAUGCCCACCAUCGUAACCUACAAGCUGCAACCUUGCCAAUCUUAGCACUCAGCACUUAUCACAUAUGCCUUCUGGAUGUACGAAUAGGCUGAAUGCAAACCUGACACCCUGUGUAGUAAUAUAAGGGAUCUUGUCUCAACUGAUAGUACCCACUACCCACAAGUUUAAUGUUUUUUUUGUUUGUUUUUUUUUUUGUUGUGAUCUUUUAUGCUUGUUUUAUUUUUCUGGGGUAUGGCUUCUUGGUUUUAUAAAACACAUACCACAGUGCAGUAACUACAGCGUAGCAAGAAUCAGUGGUAUUCCUCUUUUGAUAAUCACCUGUCUAGUUAAACAACUUGAAAACUACCAUGGAACUCGAGGUCCUGGCUUACCACUCCAGUGUAUGCUAUUGCUCACAUUUAUGCAAGCAUAGAUAUGUUUUUGCUAACGCUUACUUCCUUGACCGACGUCUCUAAUACCUAGAUUAGUUUUUCAUUCAGUAUAGUACACCCAGCUUGUUUCUUUAUUCUGUAACUUACAAAAAUGAGGCAUGUCUAUCCAAUGUAUGUUUGAGUGAUGCGUGCUUAUCUUUAAUGCCUUAUGAUACUCAUUGUAUUUCAUUGCAUUUACUGUAAUUAAGUAAUGAACCAAAAUGUGAACACAAAAAUACUUAUGGGCAGGAGCAAAGUAGUAGUUUCUUAUGAAUAAUGCAAUGGGAAUUGCAUAAGAUCUAAAACCAAUAAAAAACAUACAUAAUGUACUCCUGUAUAGAAAAGUAAUAAGUUAAUGAAGAAACAAUACUUACAGAUUUGAGAGCCAUACCAGACUCUGUAGUAUACGCCCCAGGCUGGUGCACGUAUCAACACUGAAGAUGACUGCCAUUUGAUGGACUUGUGCAUGGAUUUAGCAGUGUUUUUUUUUUUUUUUAUAUGCUUCAUAGCUUGUUUUCACUGCACAUACAGGUGAUACUCAAAUAUUAGAAUAUUGUGCAAAAGUUCAUUUAUUUCAGUGCACCUCAUGAGCUGUAUCGCACUUAUGACAAAUCACGGCUUGAAUGAUCUUGCUUUGCAUGUAAUGUGGCUCUCCUAUAUAUAUUUCCCCUUUUACGUUGCAUUACUGAAAUAAAUGAACUUUUGCAAGAUAUUCUAAUUUUUUAAGUAUAGCCUGUGUAUAAUGUAUAUUUAGUCCAUUUUUUUUUUUUUUUUCAAUUUAUUUGAUCCAGUUCUUUUAAAAAAAAUUUUUUUUCAUGAUUCCUGCAUGGCACCUGUCAAGUUAUGGGAUAUCAGGCAGCAAGUAAACAGUUAUUGAACUUCAUUUGUUAGAAGCAGUAAAUGUUGACAAGUGAAAAGAUCUGAGUGACUUUGACAAGUGAUGGCUAGGCGACUGGGUCAUCUCUAAAACAGCAAGUUUUGUGGAGUGUUCGUGGUAUGCAAUGGUUAGUACCUACCAAAAAAUGUGCGAAGAACAACCGGCAAACCAGGGUGAUGCGCACCCAAGGCUCAUUGAUGCAUGUGUGGAGUGAAGGCUAUUUCCUCUGGUCCAAUCAAACAGCUACUGUAGCUUAAAUUGCUGAAAAACUUAUCCCUUUCUUAUACUAUGUUGAAAUUUAUUCAACAUAUUUCACCUCUGGCAGGCCAACGUCUGUGUUUUUUUUUUUUCUCUCUUGAAGAGUACCGCCACUGUGCAGGGUGCCAAAUGCAAACUUUAAUUUGUAUGCAGGAUUCAUAUUGGGUACACGAAUGCUUUGCUAAAUAUGCUGUAUAACCAGUUGUAUGUAACACUGAAACAUAUUCUAUGUUUGUCCAGCUAUUUUGCUUAAAUUUUCAACUUAGUUUUCAACUUGUUUAGCAAAUGAACCGAGCAGUGAUUUGUCUUGUAGUACAAAGAUUGUGUAUGAUUGGACAUUGUGUAAAAUGUCAUACUUAUGACUUAAGACCCUGUGCUGUGUAUAGUGGUGUUCCUUUAAAAAUAAGGUUUUGUAGCAGAACGUUGGAUUUCAUCUCUAGGGAAUACACUUGCCCACCACAUAGGACUACUCAAACAGAAAAACAUGGCUUGGCCCUGGUUCAGCAGCAAUGGUACGCCUGUUUUGCCAUUAUCAACUUGUAAUCUUGAUUCACUAAAACCAUUAAAAAUAUAAAUGAAUUUCUAAAA